GUGGUGGAGAUACUAAAACAAAACCAUUAACUAUGGCGGCAGCGUCCACGACAACAAAAACUAAAUUGAGAAAAACCACAAAAGCCAUUAUCACUUUUAUAGCGGCCUAUUUUGAGGACAGCAACAUACAUGGACUGCAGUAUGUGGUCAAAGGAGGUCUAACAACAAUUGAAAAUUGCCUUUGGUUGACGCUCUUAAUUAUAUCGAUGUAUUUUUGUGUGGAAAUUGGUUUGCAAUCUGUUGAUCGUUAUUAUACGAAAAGCACUGUUGUUGGCCUCGAGCGAGAUUUCUACUAUUGGAACACUACAAUGCCAAGUGUUACCAUUUGCCCAUUAAUACGUUUAGAUAUCAAACUAUUCAAUGAAUAUUGCCGUGACCACAAUUUACCCCCCCAAGAGCAGCAUGAUUUCUUUGAGUUUAUGGAAAAUUUGGCCAACUCUACUUACACUAAUUUCCAAAAUAUACCCAACAACAAUACCAUAGACCUAACUUUAGAUCGUUUAAACAUCACACCCGAUAAAUAUAUGGAACUUAUCUAUAAUUUAACCGGAGAUCCUUCUAUUAAAUACAAAUCUGAUUUAAAUGAUUUGGCUGACAAAAUACGCAGCACUACCGGAGAAUUUGUUAUAGAAACCAGACAAAUUUUAAGCGAAUAUGGACUUUGCUAUAUGACCAAUACCAUGUUGUCGGAAAAGUUUACCUCGUUGUAUUUGAUAUGGGGUGAAUAUCCGGUGAAUGAAAUAAAGGGUUUGAAAUCGACAUUGCAAGUAAAGCAGAGCAGUUAUUUUGACAGUGAUGUCAGUUAUAAUUUUUUGGGUUUCAAUAACCACCCCAUAGAUGGUUUUCUGCACAGUUCCUAUGAGAUCAUGCAAGUGGAUCAUAAUUUGGGCUAUACCAAUGAAUCGUUGCAGGUGGAUGUGGAUUGUAUGGAAAUUAUAACAGAAGAGGGUUUUGAAAGUGGCGCCAGUGUGGAACAACGCAAAUGCCGUUUCCAGCAUGAAAGUAAUUUAACUCAUUAUCCUGUUUAUACCAGAAACAUAUGUCUGCAGGAAUGCCGUUUGAAUUUAGUUUACAAAACCUGCAAAUGUAUUCCACAUUUCUAUCCAAAUCGCAUUCAAAAUCCCAAAACAGUUUGCAAUUAUAAAAUUUUACGUGAAUGCUUAGUGCAAAAUGAACACUUGUUCAUCAAAUUAUAUGAAGUGGAUGCUAAUGGCAACAAACAAAUGGUUCCCUGUUAUUGUUUCCAAAAUUGCCAAGAUGCCAUAGUUAAUAAAAGAUCUAAAUUUCAAUUGCAAAAAACAAAUGCUUUGGUGGGUGGCAAUAGUCUUUUAUUUGCCAUUAUCAAUUUGCCCACAUAUCGUUUGAAACGUUUGAUUAUAUUUUCUUUUACCGAUCUAUUGGUUUCCAUUGGUGGCACAGCUGGUCUAUUCUUGGGCUUUAGUGUCUUGUGUUUAGUGGAAGUUAUUUAUUAUUUUACUUUAAGAUUAUUGUUUUAUUUAAUAAAGUCGUGCUUUACCAAACAAAAUUAAGAAUCAAUAAAAACCUCAAAGACUCUCAAAAAGUAAAAAA